AGCAUGCAUCAGGCGGGGACUGGAGGGCUAGGCAGAAGAUUUUGCUGAGUAGCAAGAGACAGAGGAGCCAUGCAGCUGGAGCAAGAGAGUUCCAUACUGUGAGAGGAAGAAAGAAAGAAGAAAAAGAGGAGGAGGAGGAGCACAACUGUGGUAGGACGGAACAGAGGCGUGGAGAGAAAGAGAGAGAAGGGGGAUGAUCACAUCCAUAUGGAGGAGGCUGCUCCCUUAACUUCCUGAGACAAACAGGCAGGGAGAGAGACACAACGAGGGAGAGAGACAAAUGGCAAGCUAAUAAAAACAGAUAGAAAAACUGAUUGUUAUGCGCACAGGCAUAAAUUUAUAUUUAAAGAUGAGUUAAAUACAGUAGACCAUCUGGCUUUGCCCCUCUUUGUACUCGAGAGUGCAUACGAGGGGCUUUUCUGAGUUUUGGAAAUGCAUGAGAGUCUUCAGUGGGUUGGGCUUGGUUUCACACAUCAGUGAUGAAGUAAAGUCACUUAGAGGAAUUCUCUCUAGACUUUUUUUUUUUGCUCUCAUCUCUCUUCCUCCCUUACCAUCUGGAGCAAUGAAACACUUCCUUCUGCCCUGCGCUUGGUGGGGGCUGUUGGCUGUGGUCCCUUCGUGUCUGGGACAGCACCAUUCUUUGGGGGGACAUGAAAAUGGGACUGUGCAGGGACAGACUGUUUUUGAAGCCCUGGCAUGUCUACUCCACUGAAACAGUUUCUUGUUGGACCGCUGGCUGCAUUUGACUGCUGGAGGAGGUUGCAGACAUCAGCUGAACUUUUCUGAGGGGUGCAUGCUCCCCCCCUUUUCCAUAUAAGGCUAAAAUGACUGAGUGGAAAAUCAUUUGAAUUUUGUGGUGGUUCUACUCCGCUGCUCUCUCAGAUCUCAAACCAGCUCCUCUUUUUUUUAAAAAAGUCUGCUCUUGGUUCCUCUUCUUAGAAGAGUUUUCAUUCUGGUCACUUGUGCUGGGGGACAAUAGAUGCUUUUGUUAAUGUUAAAACGUGUGCAUGAGUAGUGACUGCAGUGCUGUCUUUGCAGUGUCAGCUCUGCUCUGGAGGGACUCCUGUCUGAAGACUGCAGAAAUGGGCUCUACUGGAAUGUUGUCCUACAUCUGAACAAGUGUCAAGCGUUAUUCAGAAGUAAGCAGGCCCGGAGACACCCUCGGUACGGCACGCUGUCACGGGAAGGCAAGAGCAGUUUGCUGUGUAAACGCUGUGUUUGGAUAUUAAAAGGCGCUGGUGCUGAACGCUGCUGGUGCUUUUGGAUCUGAUAUAUCUGGAAUGCUCUGAAGAGGGAGGAGAUGUGACCCUGGAGGACUAACCUGAGCGUUUCAGGCCAGGGAUAAUGUGUAAAGUGUGUGAGCUAAGCUCUUCAUACAUCCUCCUCUUUGACACCUCUCCUUUGUCUUGGAUUAACCUUUUGUACAACAACUGUUCUGUUCCGUGUUUUUUUUUUGUAAAAGCCACAGCAUCUUUAUUUUGUCCUUUUGGCAGCCUAGCUCUUAGUUCAUGGGCUGAACAGCGGAAUGGCUAAAUGAUUACAAUUUGAGGACAGAAAACCAAGAGACAGAAAUAACUACGACUGAAGGUCACAAUGGCUAGUGGCUUGGUCAUCAUUUGGUGUGGCAUCUACCGCUACAUGCGCUGGUCACUCUUCUAGUUUGUAUCUUGGUUGUUGUGGCCACCUAAAUAGUUUGUCUUGAUUAUCUGUUGUUGGAGGCUAGACACAAGGACUUGCAAGUGGCUGUGCCUCGUCGACAUGGCAACGGCAGCAUGGUAUCACCGGGAUAUCAGCCGGGUGCUGGCUGAGGAGCUGCUGGCUCGGGCCGGGCGGGACGGGAGCUUCCUGGUGCGGGACAGCGAGUCAGUUCCUGGCGCCUAUGCGCUCUGUGUGCUGUUCCAGCGUCAUGUUCACACUUACCGCAUACUUCCUGAUGCAGAUGGAGUACUAGCUGUCCAGACCACGCAAGGAGUGCAGGUGAACUGUUUCCGUACACUUGGUGAUUUAGUUUUGGCGUACCAGCAACCACAUAAAGGCCUGGUGACCCCAUUGCUUUACCCAGUGGGCCGAGAGACAGACCCAGCUGACGAGAGCUCUGAUGGAGAUGAUGAGAAGCCGGCUCAGGGGUCAGCAGCAUGGAACAAACCCGUCUCUCCUCCUGCAGCUUCAGUGCCCUCUGCAGGCCAGUCACCUCCUGCACCCCAAACAGGAAUGCCUCAGUUAUUGCUGCAGAGACUGCAGGAUAUCACUACCCCCAGUGUGGCAUCUGAAAUGGUGGCUCUGCUGAGUGAGUAUUUACGUGGUGAUGUGGCUCUGGAUCUGGAGAGUUUGAGAAAAGGAGGCUCAGGACUGCACUUCCUUCAGCGAAUCCUCUCCACAGCCUGCCACAGGCUGCACAGUGAGAUUGAUCAUACAAUGUCCAGUUUGGAGACUCUGGCUAAAGUCUUUGAUCAUCCCAGUUGCCCCCUGACCUGUCCUAAGAUCCAGAAUAUGGGUAGGGGUCCAGAGGAGAACCUGGAUACUCUUCUCCACAAGAUAACGGCCCUGUGUAACCUGCUAUCUUCUCUAGAGAAGAGGGUUCUUAAGGCCCUCCAAGAGGCUGUGACCAAUCACAAUCUAUCUGUGCAGCCUGCACCUGAGCCAGCGUCACCUGUAAAACACCAUGCCAAGCCUAUUCCUGUGCACAGCUUUCAGGUGAAGGUGGUCAGGUAUGGCAGGCAGACAGUGUCAGUGGACGUGGACAAUGGGGUCCUCCUUUUUGACCGGAGGAUCGGCUCAUUUGGUGUAGAGACGGUCACACAUGACAGGAUACUGCAGGUGGUGAAAUUUCAGAGCAGCCCGGCGAAGCUAAGGAUGGUAGUUGAUAAUCAUCACAACCCUCCACGAGAACUGCUGUUUGAGAGCUUAAAGAAAAGAGAGGCUUUCUGCCAGCUUCUGCAGUUGAUGAAGACUACCCAUUCCCAACAAAGCGAGCCUGAUGUCAUUUCUGUGUUUGUGGGCUCAUGGAACAUGGGUGGUUCCCCCCCACCCCGUACUCUACAGUCCUGGGUGACAUGCUGUGGUCUGGGACUGACCCCUGAUGAGUCUGUUUCCUCCCUGCCUCAUGACAUCUAUGCACUUGGUACUCAAGACAAUCCGCAAGGAGAGAGAGAGUGGGUGGAGCAUAUCAGAGCCACGCUCAGGAGUUCUACUCACAUUGACUUCAAACAAGUGGCACUGCAGUCUCUGUGGAACAUCAGACUGGCUGUGUUCGUGAGACCAGAGCAUGAGGGGCGCAUCAGCCAAGUAAACACAGCCAGCGUGAAGACGGGUCUGGGGAAUACACUUGGAAACAAAGGGGCUGUGGGCAUCUCCUUCCUCUUUAUGGGCACGUCCAUGGGCUUCGUGAACUGCCACCUGACCUCCGGCAGUGAGAAAGCACUCCGGAGGAACCAGAACUUCCAAGAUAUCCUCAGACUCUUGUCUUUAGGGGACCGGCAACUUGGUGCUUUUGACAUCAGCCUACGCUUCACACAUCUCUUCUGGUGUGGUGACCUCAACUACCGCCUGGACCUUGACGUUCAGGAAAUUCUAAAACAUGUCUCAAAGCGUGAGUUUGAUGAGCUGAUGUGUGCAGACCAGCUGACCCGAGAGCGCCAUAAAAGAAAGGCCUUCUUUAGCUUCAAGGAAGAGAAGAUCACAUUUCCACCCACCUACCGGUAUGAGCGUGGCUCCAGAGACUGCUACCUAUGGCAGAAAUACAAGACCAGUGGGGUGCGAGUGAAUGGGCCUUCGUGGUGUGACCGUGUUUUGUGGAAAUCCUACCCAGAAACUUAUAUUACUUGUACUUCAUAUGGUUGCACCGAUGACAUCUUCACCAGUGAUCACUCUCCUGUUUUUGCUACAUUUCAAGUCGGGUUGACUGCACAGUUUCCCAGGCAAGAUUCAAACUCUUCAUCAGACCGGGCUUGGAUUGAACUGGAAACAGUUGAGGCCAUAGUGAAGACUGCUAGCAAGGCCAAGUUCUUCAUCGAGUUCCACUCUCGCUGUCUAGAAGAGCCACGUCGGUCCACGGAGAAUGACUCGCAGAGCUGUGAGGUGCCAGGGUUCCUCAAACUGGGCUGGUCUUCCAAACAGCUUCCUAAGCUUCAUCCCCUUGUUUCAGAUAUGGAGUUUCUUCGGGACCAAUACUUGCUACUCUCUGUGAAGUCAUGUGAUGGCUUUGAGUCAUAUGGUGAAUGCUGUGUGGCUGUGCAGUCAAUAAUAACCAGCUCCUCAGAGUCAUUUGAGACGUGCCUGACCCACAGAGGUGAAGCAAUGGGCUCCAUCCGAGGUCAAAUUAAGGUCUAUGUACCACCGAACAGGCACCGGACCCGGGAGAGGAUUUAUGAGUGGUUUUGCACUGAGAAGGAUGAUAAGGGAUCAGUUAGGGGCCCUUGGUCUCCUCCACCUAUCCGUGCAGCCCCCCGUCAAGGCCCAUCAACUUCUCGCUCUGCGGCUCCCAGCAGCUACACUAACCCAGCCUACUUCAUCUUUGAGGGUGUUCCCAUAUUGCGAAAAGUAGAGGAGGACCCCUUACUCAAGGAAUCGAGCAUAUGGGCCAGAGACUCAGCAAUUCAGCUUCCCAAAGUCACAGGGGCGCAAAGCCAUGACCGGAGAGCUGCCCACAGGUCUGACUUCACCGAAAUAGAGAUUCCUGGCUCUCUGCCACCUUAUACACCACCUUGUGACCGGCCAGCCCAACUGACUCCUCAACCUACUUCUUCCUAUCAGCUCUUCCCUGGACCGGACCUAUCAAACCCUUCCCAAAACCAAAACAACAGCACUUCUUCAAAUCCUCCUUUUCAGUCACAAAUUCAAAGAGCUUGCGUAAUUCAGGAGUCCGUAUUACCUGUCAAAAAAGUAGGGAAUGCAUACAUUAAUCAUUCAGUCUUUGCACGGGAUGUGCAAAGACCACACAAGGAGAUGGUAAAGAAGGACUAUCCCAGGUCGCACCAAGAGCGGCCAGUGCGCAACGGACCGAAGCUCUACCCAGUCAAGUCCACCAGGGUUCCCCAUUGCGAGGCCUCUGUUCCCUGGGUGGUGGAACAUCCACCUGCAGCUUCAGGAGAUAAUUCACUCACUGCUCUACAGAUCGCCAAAUCAUUGAGCGAGGUGGACUUCAUGCCAGUAGAAAAGAAGUACCCCUCGAGUAACAGGUCCAUCCAGCCGAGGCAUUAUGGCUAUGAUUAUGCCUUAGCCUCAGAGGCCAGUUAUUGCUGGGAGAAAGAGGUGUCAGUUUUGCAUGGAGCUCCAGAGACAGUGCGGGAACUACUUAGUACUUUGGGGCUGCAGCGCUACGCUCAGGGUCUUAGUCUCAAUGGCUGGGAUGACCUGGAUUACUUCAGUGGCAUCACAGAGGAGGAUCUGCGUGCUUCUGGAGUAACAAACCCAUCUCACCGCAGGAAAAUCCUGGAGAAUUUACCCAAGAUCUGGGACUGAGCACAUGGACUGAUCAGCACAGUUUUCAGAUAUAACAGAGAUUUUACAUACAAUAGCAGUCAAAGGUUUGGACAUAGAUGCUAAUAAGGGAUUGUUAUUAGAACAGUAGUGAAGGCAUCAAAACUAUGAAAUAACACAUGUGAAUAUAUGUAGUGAUCAAGAAAAUGUUAAAUCAAAACUAUCUUCUAUUUAAACGUAUCCUCCCUAUGUCUAGAGGCAGUUUUGCACACUCUUGGCAUUCUCUCAAGUAGCUUCAUGAGAAGCCACUAGGUUUGUUUUUUCCAACAGGACUGAAGAAGCUCUACAUUUGUUGACAAUGUACUGAAAACUACUUGGUUACUGAAAUCUACUUGUUUGGGUGGCAUUAAAAGUGUUUUUUUGUUGUUAUGGAAAUAGAUUCAUAAACAGGCAUUUCUAGUAUUUGAGCACAAUCAGGUGGGUCCAAUUUUUUGAGUGGUACUAUAAAAAAAGAAAAUUAACUCUAUCCUUGUAAAUAUCACUUUCUCCACAUCUUGUCUCUAAGAACCCCUUAGUAAUGGUUGUAAUAGUACUGCUGUUUGGUCAGACCAGACCAGAUUGCCCCAUCUCACAUGAGAUACAUGAGGAACUUGUCUUUAUGAAACAGGAACAUGUUUACUCCGUGAGAAAUGGCACACUUGUGCUCUCAGCGCAUGGAAUAACCUGGCCAUAUGUUCAUGGACAAUUUACAUGUACCACAGAGGCUGCAUGUCAUAUUUGUACAGGAACUAUAACAUAACUCUAAUUCUCCUCCCUGGUUUUACUAUGUUUACUGCCACACAAAUUCACUGGGUUCCAAAUGACAUCCUCCGUCAUGCAGGCCCCAUUCUUUAUCUUUGAUUAAAGCUAUUGCGUGAAUUGACUGUAAAUCUGUGGCACCUCUUCAAUAAGGAUGCUAUGUUUGCACUUGUUGGUGUUUCAUCUUCAUGCUAGUGAAACAAUAUAAAUGCGGUCAAGCAAAUGACUCCUUCACUAAGAGCUUUAAAAGGAGAGUUCAUUAAAGCAUGAGUAACCGGUGAACAAACAAAAUUAUGUCCGUUUCACCCAUUUCCAAACAGAUAUGAAUAUAGUAUUGCAGUACUUGUAAAAAUGCAUAAUAAAGUGAGCACUGUACAUAUUUUCCAGCAGAUAGAGGGU